AUGGAGGAGGAGUCGAUGUCAGGACACAGCUGUUCCGAAGACGAUAUUAGUGUAGGGCGUCCGUCGCCGGCUCCUUCACGGUCGCCAUCACCUCACGACUACUUCAGACCGCUGAAGCGCUUGAAGAUGGCAUCGGAACCGGCAGAGGAGCGACGGGGAGACGGUGUGAAAAGUUUUUCAAUUUUGGACAUUUUAUCGCACAGUCCGCGAACUCCUCCGCGUAUAGUUAGGCCGUGGGAUGCGUCGGGUUUUGAGAGGUUACAGCGGCUGCAGCGUCUAGCUGGAGCGGCGUUAUUAGAUGGAGAAAGAUGGAGACUAGCAGCGUUAGGACUUUUAAGGCCGAGAGAUAUGGCUCCUGCGGAAUGCUGUGACUCGGCGUCGGAGAGAUCUUCGUCAGCGUCAGACUGCUGUUCAGAGCCUCGAAGAGCGCCACAGCAAGGCUCAACAGCACCACACACGCCCCUCGAUGCACUGUUCCACAUGACCAGCAAGACCUUCGAAGCAAACAAUGCUGAUAAUGCAGACGGCCAGUCGAAUCACCUGAACCUCUUCAACAACAGGCCACAGCCGAAGAAGAAGCGAAAAUCCAGAACAGCAUUUACGAACCACCAAAUCUUUGAACUAGAGAAACGGUUUCUUUACCAAAAAUAUCUCUCUCCAGCCGACAGAGACGAAAUCGCAAGCUCAUUAGGGCUCUCGAACGCCCAAGUCAUAACGUGGUUCCAAAACAGACGAGCAAAACUGAAGCGGGAUAUGGAGGAGUUGAAGAAAGACGUUGAAAGUGCAAAGGUACUUUCUGCGCACAAGAGUUUUCUAGAAAACGUGACUGAUUUGGGUAUAUUGAAGAAGAAAGCUAUGAGCAUAGGCGCGAGCGAGGAGGCUGCUACAAAUCUUGUCGUGAAUGCGUCCAAAUGA